GACCUGGUGAUCCGGACGUCUUUCGUCGCCGGUUUUAUCGUGGAACGGUGUGCGCGUCCGAGGAUACGGGGUGACCAAUGGGGGUCCCGGCAUUUUUCCGGUGGCUGAGCCGCAAAUACCCCUCGAUCAUCGUGUCCUGCACUGAAGAAAAGCCUAAAGAAUGUAAUGGUAUCAAAAUUCCGGUUGACACCAGUAAGCCGAACCCCAAUGAAGUGGAAUUUGAUAAUUUGUACUUGGAUAUGAAUGGCAUCAUCCAUCCUUGUACGCAUCCUGAGGACAAGCCAGCACCCAAAAAUGAAGAUGAAAUGAUGGUUGCAAUUUUUGAGUAUAUUGACAGGCUAUUCAACAUUGUGAGACCAAGGCGGCUUCUCUACAUGGCAAUAGAUGGAGUGGCUCCCCGGGCAAAGAUGAAUCAGCAAAGAUCUAGAAGAUUCAGAGCAUCAAAAGAAGGAGUGGAGAGUACAGAAGAGAAGCAGAGAAUUAGACAAGAAAUUUUGGGGAAAGGUGGCUUUCUACCUCCAGAAGAAAUUAAGGAAAGAUUUGACAGCAAUUGCAUAACUCCAGGAACAGAAUUUAUGGACAAUCUUGCUAAAUGUCUUCGGUAUUAUAUCGCUGAUCGUUUAAACAAUGAUCCAGGAUGGAAAAAUUUAACGGUUAUUUUAUCUGAUGCAAGCGCUCCAGGUGAGGGUGAACACAAAAUAAUGGAUUACAUACGAAGGCAAAGAGCCCAGCCAAACCAUGACCCAAACACUCACCACUGUUUAUGUGGUGCUGAUGCUGACCUCAUUAUGCUUGGAUUAGCUACUCAUGAACCACAGUUUACUAUAAUCAGAGAAGAAUUUAAGCCUAAUAAGCCUAAGCCAUGUGGUCUUUGCAACCAAUUUGGACAUGAAAUUAAGGACUGUCAAGGCCUACCAAAAGAAAAACAAGGGGAGCAUGAUCAGUUUGCAGAUUGUCCUCCUGGUAUGGAACAAGAAUUUAUAUUUAUUCGCUUACCUGUUUUGAGAGAAUAUUUGGAAAGAGAGCUAACAAUGGCCAGCUUGCCUUUCACUUUUGAUGUUGAAAGAAGUGUCGAUGACUGGGUUUUCAUGUGUUUCUUUGUGGGAAAUGAUUUCCUCCCUCAUUUACCCUCAUUAGAGAUCAGGGAAGGAGCAAUUGAUCGCCUGGUGAACAUAUAUAAAAAUGUUGUGCACAAAACUGGAGGCUAUCUUACAGAAAAUGGUUAUGUCAACUUGGAGAGAGUUCAGAUGAUAAUGUUGGCUGUUGGAGAAGUUGAAGAUAGCAUUUUUAAGAAGCGAAAAGAUGAUGAGGAAAAUUUCAAAAGAAGACAAAAAGAAAAAAGAAAAAGAAUGAAGAGGGAACAGCAUUCUAUGCUUGGUGGACAAUACACCCCACAACCAUUAGGAAGAGGAAAUAGGUCAAGCCAUCAGCCAAUCAGCAAUCCAAGACACACAGCUUAUGAAAUGAGAAUGCAGGACAGACAAAACACUACUCCUUCAGUUUCUCCUAAUUCAAGCUUCACAUCUGAUGGUACGCCAUCCCCAGCAGGAGGAAUUAAGCGAAAGGCAGAGGACAGUGACAGUGAACCAGAGCCCGAAGAUAAUGUCAGGUUAUGGGAAGCUGGCUGGAAACAGCGGUAUUACAAGAAUAAAUUUGAUGUUGAUGUCAAUGAUAAAAAGUUUCGUCGUAAAGUUGUACAGUCUUAUGUGGAAGGGCUUUGCUGGGUUCUCCGAUACUAUUAUCAGGGAUGUGCUUCCUGGAAAUGGUAUUAUCCUUUCCACUAUGCACCAUUUGCUUCAGAUUUUGAAGGGAUUGCAGACAUGGUCUCCGACUUUGAGAAAGGAACCAAACCAUUCAAACCUCUUGAACAACUGAUGGGAGUCUUUCCAGCUGCCAGUGGUAAUUUCCUCCCACCAACAUGGCGGAAACUUAUGACUGAUCCAGAUUCAAGUAUAAUUGACUUCUAUCCUGAAGACUUUGCUGUUGAUCUGAAUGGGAAAAAAUUUGCUUGGCAAGGGGUUGCUCUGUUGCCUUUUGUUGAUGAGCGCCGUCUGAGAGCUGCUCUCGCGCAGGUGUAUCCUGAUCUCACUUCUGAAGAAAUCAGAAGGAAUAGUCUUGGUGGUGAUGUUCUUUUUCUUGGGAAACAUCAUCAGCUUCAUGACUUCAUUCUUGAACAGUAUAAAUCUGGUGAAAAAGAGCCAGUAGACAUACCCCCUGAACUGUGUCAUGGAAUACAGGGAAAGCUUACCUUGAAUGAAAAUCCCAUUCUUCCAGAUGAGUCAGUGCAAUCUCCUGUACCGCUGCUGCGUGAUCUGACACAGAAUUAUGCCAUAAGUAUCAACUUUAAAGAUCCACAAUUCCAGGAAGACUUUAUUUUUAAGGCAGUUGUGUUAUCUGGGGCAAAAAAACCUGCAGCAGUUCUGAAGCCAGGUGACUGGGAGAAAACUAAUAAUGAUGGCAGAACAUGGAGGCCACAGCUUGGCUUUAACCGUGAUAGGAGGCAGGUUCACUUGGACCAGUCAGCAUUCAGAACAUUAGGCCAUGCAAUGUCAAGGGACAGAGGACAAUCAGGAAGUGGAGUUUACAGUAAUAUUGGUCCCCCUGGGACUUACAGUCAAGGAAACACAUAUAGACCAUUGCUAGGCAGACCACAGCAACAGAUUCCCAAAUUGCUGUCAAAUCUUAGGCCCCAAGAUUCCUGGCAGGGUCCUACACCUCUAUUUCAACAACCACCACAAAGAUUUGACAGAAAUUCUGGAGCUACUCCUCUUCUUGCUUGGAACCGCAUGCCCCAUUCCCAGGGAUCACCAUACCAGCAAAAUCAAUAUCAGGGUCCAGGGGGACCAAUGAACUACCCACAAAGGCCCAGUGAUCGGAGGGAUCGUGGAAGACAGGGUUAUGGAAGACCUUACCCAUUGCCACCCUCUUCUGGAAGAUACAACUGGAAUUAGGCUUUUGCCACUUUCCACUGUUGUUUGUAUAAUCGUGUAGAUCACUUGAGUAAUUUUCAGGUGAUAAGCUUUCUUUUUAAGAUGUGUACAUUUUUAUCAGUAAUAUUUGAUAUUAUGGGUAUGUUGAUUUACAAUUGUACUUCAGAAUAUGAGCAAAUUUUCUGAUAUGAAUAAUGAAGCAGGAGUACAGGUCUGUCUUUACUGAGUGUAGAGGCUUUAUUGCAUUAUAUUGCCAAUGCUAUUCAACUUCACAUCAGGGUAUCCAUUAGAUGCACACCUAAGAAGAAUGCAUUGCUAAGAAAAAUAGUAUUGAAAAGAUACACAAAAAUUAUGUAACUGUGGACCUUGGCUUGCAAAGCUUAAGCACAAGAGUUGAAGACUUUAAAUACUUGAUCAGUAUUUCUUUUAAAAUGCUUCAUUUUAAUUUCUUCCUUUAAAUAUAUGGUUACUGAAUUUCCCAAGUAAAUCUUUCAGCUUUUAUAGCA